AUGAGUCCCAACACGAAAUCCCAUGCCGAUUACAGCGUCGGAUGGGUCUGCGCGCUGCCACAAGAGCAAACCGCAGCUACGGCCAUGCUAGACGAGAGGCAUGAGGGUCUAUCGAAGCCUCCCACUGAUAGUAACGCCUAUACUCUCGGCUCUAUAGGCCAGCAUAACAUCGUUAUCGCUUGUUUACCCAAAGGUUAUGCUGGUCCGAACUCAGCAGCCACCGCGGCUACUCAGAUGGUCCAGGCGUUUCCCUCCAUUAAAAUCGGUCUCUUAGUCGGCAUGGGAGGAGGGAUUCCGCCAAAGGUACGACUAGGCGAUGUGGUUGUAAGCACACCAGAUGGUCAGUUUCCUGGUGUUGUUCAGUGGGAUCUCGGCAAGUCGACGGAAGGAGGAAAGUUUGAAAGGACUGGUUCUCUCAGUAAUCCCCCCAACUCUUUAUUAUCGGCCCUGGGAAAACUAGAAUCGAAACACGAGCUGGAAGGUUCAAAGAUCCCUGACUUUCUUGAGCAAUUUAGAGAAAGAUAUCCACUGGCCGCAAAGUCAUAUCUUGAUUCUACUUCACUUGAGGAUGUAUUAUUCAAGUCAGGCUAUUCGCACGUUCAUGGGAAGCCCAUCGAAGAUGAUGGAGUGGGUGAUACUAUAAAAGAGGAUGGUGAUGGCGUGUCGGAUGAGGAGGAGGAGGAGGAGGAAGAAGGCUGCGUUUCAUGCGACCCAUCUCAAAUCGUUCGAAGAAAAAAUCGAUCCAUGCGCAUUCAAUACGGUCUCAUAGCAUCUAGCAAUACGACAAUCGAGGAUGCGGAACUCCGAGACAGGCUAACCAAAGAGUUGGACAAAAAAGUUCUUUGCGUUGAGAUGGAGGCUGCCGGACUGAUGAACAGUUUUCCAUGCAUCGUCAUACGGGGCAUUUGCGAUUAUGCAGAUUCCCAUAGGAAUAAAACUUGGCAGAAAUACGCGGCUGCAGUAGCGGCAGCAUUUGCAAAGGAGCUUUUGGGCUGCGUUCAGUCAAGCGAUGUGGAAGGAGAGCGGCCCAUCAGAGAUAUAUUGAAUGAGGUCAAAGACGAACUGAAUCAAAUCAAUCGAGAUAUUAAAGCCGGUUUCGGGGAGACGAAGAAAGAUCUCGAUAAUCUCAUUGACGUCCAGAGAGUUCGAAAGCAAAACGAAGCCCUGGCAUGGCUGAGUUCUGUUGACUCUGCGUCCAUGCAUCAUGACUACAUCAAGAAGUGCGAACCUGGAACAGGGCAAGACUUUUUAAAUUCUGAAGAACUUCAGCAAUGGAUAAACAUUCCACAAACGACUCUGUUUUGUCCCGGCAUUCCUGGCGCCGGAAAGACCUUUCAGAUGGCUAUCCUAAUAGACCAUUUGAGUCGUGGAUUUCGGCAUGACGACACGAUUGGCCUUGCUUUCUUCUAUUACAGAUUUGACCGCCAAGACACACAGAAGCCAGAGCCACUUAUCGCAAAUCUCAUCAAGCAAUUAGGUCAAAAUCACGAACCUUGCCGUGAAAAGAUUCAAAGUUUCUGUGAACAUCAUAAGAAGAAAGGCACUUGGCCAUUGAUUGGAGAGCUUGUUGAUCUGCUCGAGUUGAUAUCAUCAUUACUCUCGAGAGCUUAUGUCAUUAUCGAUGCUCUGGAUGAAUGUGACAACAAUGAAAAUAGCCGCACAAGAUUGCUUGAUGGACUUUUUGCUGCACAAAAGAAAGGGCUUAACAUUUGCGCCACAUCUCGCAAAUUGCACGUCAUUGAACAGAGAUUUGAAGGAGCGUUGAAGUGGGAGAUUAUGGAGAUCAAGAAAUGCAUAAGAUCUGCCAUUGAAGGGAUGUUUCUCCUAGCUCAGCUAUACAUCGACUCUCUUGUUGGCAAGAGAUCCAUUACGAGUAUCCGGAGGGCAUUGAAGACAACAGAGAGAAUCGAUAGAUCAAACGUUCUAAGCAAAGCCUACCACAAGGCAAUGGAACGAAUACAGCAACAGAAAGGCGACUUGCCCGCAGACGCAAUGACCAUUCUUGCGUGGGUGGCUCAAUCCAAGAAACCACUUCCGGUGGGUAUACUUCAAUUAAUACUCGCAAUCGACACUGAAAAAUCCAUGAUAGAUGAAGAUAACUUCCCAACCGCCGACCAUAUCACCCAGGCUUGCGCCCCGCUUGUUGUGAUAGACAGCGAAACUCGAGGAGCUCGACUAGCCCAUUACACUAUUCAAGAAUAUUUUGAAAGCCCAAACGACACUAAGACGGGGAAAUUUCAGAAAUUGAUUGCCGAUACUUGCAUGACAAAUCUGUCAUUUUCCAACCCUCGUUCUGUUUUCAUGAACAAAAACGAUGAUGAAGGAAACUUUCACAACUAUGCAACGGAAUUCUGGGCACAUCACACAGAGGAAGCUUUAUCAGCUCGAGGUUUAGAUAUCCAAAGGGUAGUGCAUUUUCUUAACAACGGGGCGAAGUCAGAUCUGUGGCACGAUUCCUUGAUGCAGAUAGACCUGGCACGCACCAACCUUUCCGCAAGUACAACAGGCGGUCUACUACAAGUUCCAGAGCAAGUAGUCGAAUUCCAUGUCGCAGCCUGCUUGGGUCUAUCAGCUGUAGUGGUAGAGCUGAUCAGAAAGGGAUAUGACCCCGAUGUUAGAGACAAACGGAACAGAUCACCUCUAUGGUGGGCAGUGUAUAACGGACAUGCAGGCAUAGUCGAGCUUUUACUCAAACAGAAUGUCGACAUCGAAGUGAGAGACACUUUUACCUACAGAACGCCUUUGAACCUAGCUGCAAGACGAGGACCAAUAUCAAUUGUUAGAUUGCUCUUGGAUAAAGAUGCAGAUCUAGAACCUGGAAACAAGGACGAAACAAUCAGUCCAAUCACUAUCUCCCAGGAGGUUCUUUCGACAUUGUAUUCAGUGAAUACCAAGUUUCGACCUCAUAACACUGAUACCUUUGGUGAUGAAUGGAGGUACCUCAGUCCCCUCGCAUCGGCGGCAAAGGCAGGGCGCGAAGAGAUAUCAGCGUUGCUUUUGAAAAGGGGUGCAAAGAUAGAGACCACAAGCGAUCACGGACCAGCAAUAUCAGCAUUACAUGUCGCCAUAAAUGCCAAUCGAGAAAGUAUAGUUAGGCUAUUGCUCACACACGGGGCAGAUAUAGAGAUGCGAGAUGCGAAGGGCUCGACGGCGUUGCAUAUCGCUGCAUAUUCUGCAAACCCAAAUUUUCUUGAGCUAUUACUCUCAAAGGAAGCGGAUAUAGGGAGCCGAAAUGAUAACGGUUGGACAGCAUUGCAUUAUGCUGCGGCGAUUGGGCCGGUGAGCAGGGUCGAGCUGUUACUCUCAAAGGGCGCAAAUAUAGAGGCUCAAACUGAAGAGGGUUGGACAGCAUUGCAUCUUGCUGCACGGAACGGCCAAACGAACAUUGUCGAACUAUUACUCUCAAAUGGCCUAGAUGUAGGAGACAAGGACAGAUGGGGGCGUACAGCUUUACAUAUGGGUGCAGAGACAGACCGUGGCCGUGGGGUUGAAGUAUUGCUCGCACAUGGUGCGGAGACGGACAGCCCAGAUGAGAAGGGAUGGACACCGCUGAUGAUCUCUGCAAGCUAUUGCCGCCCGAAUGUAACCAAAACUUUGCUUGCACAUGGGGCAGACGUGGGGAUUCGAGACAAUGAGGGAUGCACAGCGCUGCAUAUUGCGGCAGAAGCAAAAGAUUUAAUAGUAGAGCGUGGCAGUGUGGUCGAAAUAUUGCUCGCGCAUGGCGCAGACAUGGAGAGUCGAAACAAGCAGAACCAGAUGCCCGUUCAUAUAGCGGCAGCCUGUAACAGCUCCAGUAUGCUUGAAGUCUUGCUCGCCCACGGAACAGAUGUGGACAUCCGAGACAGCAAGGGAUGGACAGCGUUACAUAAUGCUGCGAAGUCUAACGCUACGAAUGCAGCCGCCGUACUAAUCACACGAGGUGCCGAUAUAAAUGCUGAAAACGAACAAGGCGAAACAGCGUUGGUGAUAGCCUCAAGGCAUGCAUCUCAGGAAACGCUUGAUGUCCUGAUAGCGCAAGGAGCCCGGCACUCUGAAUGUUCAGUCCUCUCCUGCGCCAUUAUUUCACGUCUCUGGUCGACAGUGGAGCUGCUCGUCGAGAAGGGCGUCACCAUAGAUGAAGAUGUAGCCGUCUGUGGCGGCCGCAUGCUGCAUAACGUGAUCGAAAAAGAUGACAUGUCAUUGUUGGAUUGGCUUCUCCAACACAAUGUGGACGUCAACUACUACGACGUCAAGGCCAAACGCAAUCCGUUGCAUAAAGCUGUCGAGGUAGGAAACUUGAGUAUUGUUGCUCGUCUACUUGAUGUAGAUGGAAUUGACGCCGAGGCAAAAUCCGGGGAGGGGCUGAGCGCUUUGUCAAUGGCUCUUCGCAAUAGGAAAAAGGAAAUUGCAAAAUUAUUGAUGAGUUCUGGAAAAGUGCGCACUGCAUUUGGGCGACCGGAGUUUCUCGAGUUCUUGAAGAAGAAUUACCGUUAA